AUGUCGCCGACAAUUCUCACUCCGACGACUCUUCCUCCGUCGACUACUGCAUGGCUAUGUACCACAUCUCAAAAGCUUACCACCAUUAGAUCACCACUCAAGCUCAAAUGUAGAGCCACUUCUUCAUCAUCGUCUAUCACAGACUUCGAUCUUUACGACCUCUUAGGUGUUGACCGGAGCUCCGAUAAAUCUCAGAUCAAAGCAGCCUAUCGUGCACUUCAGAAACGUUGUCAUCCCGACAUCGCAGGAGAUCCCGGCCACGACAUGGCCAUCAUCCUUAACGAAGCUUACAAGCUUCUAUCUGAUCCGAUCUCGCGCCAAGCUUAUGAUAAGGAGCAAGCGAAAUUGGAAGAGCUUAGAGGCUACACAGGGAAACCUAUCUACUCGGUUUGGUGCGGACCAGAAACAGAGCAACGAGCUGUGUUUGUAGACGAGGUCAAGUGCGUUGGUUGCUUGAAGUGUGCUUUAAUUGCAGAGAGAACAUUUGCUAUCGAAACAGCUCACGGAAGAGCGAGAGCUGUAGCUCAAUGGGCUGAUCCUGAAUCCAAAAUCCAAGAAGCCAUCGAAGCUUGCCCAGUAGACUGCAUUGCAAUGGUGGAGAGAUCUGACCUAGCGCCAUUGGAGUUCCUCAUGUCAAAACAACCACGUGGCAAAGUGAGGAUCGGCGUUGGAAACACAGUCGGCGAGCGUGUCUCCAACGUGUUUGUUGAAGUCAAGAAGUUUCAGGAAAGAUACGCAGAAGCCAUGAGCAAAACCACAAGAGAGAACUCUCAAGAGACAGAUUUGCAGAGGGAAGUAAGAUUAAGUGCAGUGGAGGCAAUUCGGACCAUCUCCAACUGGCUAUAUUGGAGAUCAUCACCGUACACAAGACCAUUGAGUCCAGAUUCAAACAUGAGUCUGACUAUAAGACCACGGAAGAAAUCGGUUGACCCUGAUAUCAAAAAGCUUCAAGAUGCUGUGAAAGCAAUGAAAGAAGCAGAACAGAGCGGGAAAAGUAAAGGAAAAGGAACAGCUUCCGUGGUUAGAGAAGAUUACUGGACUCCAUCAAACCCAGCCCUUCCCUCCUCCGGAAACAGCAGUUCCAAGGUUAGCUCGAUCCCUCAAAAGACUUAUAAGAAGAAGUCUCCAUUACAAGAGAAUUCUACUACUAGUAGAAGAGAAUAUAGAAGACAGCAGAAGUUCCGGAUACAUAAAUUCCCAAUUGGAACAGCAAUAGUAGCAGUGUUCCUGGUUCAGUUCCAAGCUAGCUACAGUGCCACUGAGCUCAAAGACCAUAUCGGUGGCUCGCUAGCUCUAACCAUAGUUAACAGCCCAUGGCAGCAGCUUUUGUUAGCCGGUGUUACAUGGUACUUCAUUGGAGCAAUGCUAGUCCAACUUGUGGAAGCUAUCCAAUCCAAGCAACAAGAAGAUAAAGAAGCAUAG